AUGCCGCCCAAAAAGCCUUCCGAGAAGAGCCAGACAGAUGAACUGAGCUCCAGCGAUGAUAACCAGACGUCUUUCGCACGACAAACGGGGAAAUUGAAAGAGAUAUUUUCAAUCCCACCUCCUAUCAAGAAGUUAUUCGACCUGGUCCCAGUCGUGGUAUAUCCAGCGAAUCCGCUCCCACAACGUGCGCCAAAGUCCGCGAGGACACCAAGUCUCUAUGUGUUCAGUAAAGGUCAGGAUGCCGCUGCGGGGAGACCAUCUUUCAACCCCAGCUGUCUGAAGUGGCAGACUUUCUUGAACAUUGCAGGAAUUGACCAUCGCCUCAUAUCUUCGAAUAAUCACGCCUCUCCCACCGGUGCCUUGCCAUUCCUGCUUCCAGCAGUACGCAGCUCAGACAGCUCGCAAGAAUCGCUCCUUCCUGUCCCCUCAAAUAAAUUCGUCAACUAUGCUACAGAACAUGGCGGUAUCGUGGAGGAGUCCUCUAGCAUGCGGUAUUCAGCUUACCAGUCUCUGCUAGAUCACCGAAUACGGAAUGCUUGGCUUUUUACUCUCUACCUCGAACCCUUGAACUUCGACGCUGUCGCAUACCCACUCUAUAUUGCUUCAACUUCUUCGAAUCCAAUCGUUCGAGCAUCAAUAUCAUAUCAGCUGCGAAGUGCAGCCGAGGCGGAACUGUUGAAACACACGCCAGUUAUAGAUAUGGACGACUUAUACAGCGAAGCUGAUAAAGCAUUCGAAGCUCUCUCUAUCUUACUUGGAGAAGACUCCUGGUUUUUUGGAAGCGAUAAGCCAGCAUUGUUCGAUGCCAGUGUUUUUGCUUACACACAAUUGCUUCUUGAUAAUGAUCUAGGGUGGAAGGAGAGGAAGCUCUGCCGUGCGCUCAAAGUCCGAGACAAUCUUGUACAGCACCGGGAGCGAUUACUUGUCAGAUAUUAUGGUGGAUCAUGA